CUCUUGGAAGAGUAAGUCGGUUGGAAAUAGUACACAUUUCCUUAAAAUUAGUUUUAAAAUACGUUUUUGGAUUAUUUCUAAAGGCUUUAAGUGAACUUGAUAUAUUCCGCCCCAAGCCAAUAUGCCGUAUUGCAACCUGGAUUCAACAAUUAUAAAUUAAAGGAUUUUGCUAUGGCUGAAAUUAGCUUAAAUGAUGUCAAAUAUACAGAGCAAGCUGCAGAACUUCUAGAUAAAAAUUCGGAUCUUCUAAAACCAGAUAAGAAGUUCGGAAAAAGGCACUUUCAAGUAGUAAAUAUAUGUUUUUUAGUUUUUGUCGCGUAUUACUCAAGAAAUAGUUUAUCUGUGGCCAUUGUUGCUAUGAAUGACCGCAAUUCUACCAUUAAUCCUAAUAUUCCUACCUACGAUUGGCACAACAAAAACGUUAUACAAUCCGCGUUUUUCGUUGGGUACGUACCAUCUCAGAUCAUCGUCAGUUGGUUAAUAUCCAAAUUCGGUACCAAAUGGCUGGCUGUAUCAUUUUUUUGUUGCUGUUCCAUUUCUGGAAUAGCGACACCUACCGUGGUGUACUGGUUCGAAGAUAUGGGAAUAAUGGUGAUGAGGUUAAUUCAAGGAUUGUGCCAAGGAUUCGUCUUUCCUUCUGUCCAACAUGUACUUUCUCAAUGGGUACCGCCGAAUGAGAGGGCAGGACUCGCUGGGGCAGUCUAUGCAGCCCGUCCUAUAGCUACCGUAUCAUCCAUGUUCAUUACUGGCUACAUAGCAGGUAGUUGGUAUGGUUGGCCAUGGAUAUUUUACAUUUCCAAUGGCAUAGGAUUGUUAUGGUGUCUUUCAUACGUACUCUUUUCCUAUGACAAUCCUGCAAGCCAUCCCUCAAUGUCUGCAAAAGAAAGGCGAUACAUAGAUAAAAGUCUUGGACAAGAAAAUGUUGAUAAGGACUGUAAAAUUCCAUGGAAAGAAAUAGCGACCUCAGUGCCAUUUUGGGCUCUUGUUGUAACACAGACUGGCUUUAGCUGGGGCUUUUGGACGCAACAAACGCAAAUGCCGAUGUAUAUGAAAUAUGUCAUGAAAUUUGACAUCGAAUCCAGUGGUACACUUUCAGCACUCCCAUAUCUUGUUCAGUGGUUGCUUUCUUAUUUUUUCGGCUUCCUGUCGGAUUAUCUAUUAAACAGAAAAAUUUGGUGUAUUGAUACAGCAAGAAAGACCAUGAAUUCAAUAGGACUGUUUAUACCAGCAAUAAUCUUCAUUUUAUUACAAAACAGUGGACCUGACGAAUCUACCAAAGCGGUUGUCCUUUUGGUAUUAGGCAUUGCUAUAAACGGAGCAUGUUUUUGUGGUUUUAUGGUCAACCAAAUGGACCUCUCGCCUACGUUUGCCAGUAUUUUGGUGGGUAUCAGUAACGGUCCGGCCCAAAUAACUGGAUUUUUAGCACCGCUAUUCGUACAAGCCAUAGUGAAAAAUGAGACGGAUCCUGAAGAAUGGAAGUACGUAUUUUACACAGCUGCAGGAAUUUAUAUCGUUUCAGGACUAAUAUUCAUAGUUUUUGGAUCAGGAAACGUACAAACUUGGGAUGGCGCAAAAAAGACUACUGAUAAACGAUUUAAUUAAUUAGAUAUCAAUGAUUUAAAAUUAGAAAUAUUUAUUUUAAUGCAGUUUUUAUUUUAAUAAAGAAAUAAUUUGUUGUAACGCCUUGUAAUUUACUCCCUUACAAGUAAAUAACAUCACAAACAAAUUAUUC